AACAGAUAAAAAGAUGUUGUUUUUUGUCUGUUGACUCUAGAUAGUUGCAAACCGCUUGUUUGUGUGUUCUUCUUGUUUCUUAAACCCUGAAUGUGAAGUUUAUAAAGCCUCAGUCUUUUUGUAGCAUUCCCAGAGUAAGAAUUGCUGAAAUGGGAACCCCAGAAGAAGAAGAUGAAGAAAAGCUUCUCAGAAAGAUAGAACGGCUAGAAGCGGGUCACGCACACCUCAAGCAAGAAAUGUCCAAUUUCCAGCUCCUCCAAAACCACAGGUCUCAUUCGAGGUUUGGUGCUGCUACGUCUAACCAACCCUCUUCUUCUUCUCUGCAUCAAAAUGGAAACAAGUAUCUCAAUAUCUUGCAGUCAAUGGGCCACUCUGUUCAUGUUUUGGAUCUUCAAUGUCGCAUCAUGUACUGGAACCCUAGUGCUGAGAAUCUGUAUGGUUAUGCAGCAGAAGAGGUUCUUGGGCGGGAUGGGAUUGAGAUGCUUGUGGAUCGUAGGGAUUUUGGUUUGGCCAAUGAUGUGUUCAAGCAUGUCAAAAUGGGAGAGAGUUGGAGAGGGCAGUUCCCUGUUAAGAAUAAGAAAGGCGAUAGGUUCUAUGCUGUGUCAACCAAUACACCUUUCUAUGAUGAAGAUGGAAGCUUGGUUGGGGUUAUUUGUGUCUCCUGUGAUUCACGGCCCUUUCUUGAAUCCAGAAUUCCCUUUCUAGGAGCAGAGAGUGCAGAACCUGUAUCGAGUUCCAAUGGUCGUAGGAGUAGCAUUUCAGAUAAACUUGGCCUUGACUCUCAGCAGCCACUUCAAGUUGCUCUGGCUUCGAAAAUUUCAAAUUUGGCUUCAAAGGUGAGUAACAAAGUUAAGUCUAGAAUGAGGACAGGAGAAUUUAGUGUCAAUCGUGAAGGUGGAAGCGGAGAAAGUCGUCAUUCUGAGCAUAGUUUGUCGGACUCUGCUGUUUCUGACCAGAGAGAAGAUGGUAAUUCCAGUGGAGCUAGCACUCCCAGAGGAGAUGUGCUAAAAUCUCCUUUUGGUUUAUUUUCUCAUGCUGAAGAGAAAUCCCAAGGGAAAACCAUGAGGGACUCCAAUGAUCAGAGUGAAGGAAAACCUAUUCACAAGAUCAUAACUUCUAAGGCUGAAACAUGGAUCCAAAAGAAAACAUUGUCAUGGCCUUGGAAGGCAAACGAUCAGGAAGGAUCUGAGGCAAGGAAUGUUCAAGCUGCUUCACCUUGGUCGCAGGCUGAUCAAGAGAAUGAGUUGACUAAUCAGAAGAAUCUGUCUUCUGGGUUGAAGCCAGAAAGCCAGGCAGGCGAAAGCAAUGGACCUGUUAAUAAUGAGGCUUCAGGAUCCUGGUCCUCGUUUGUUAACGUUAACAGCACAAGUAGUACCAGCAGCUGCGGGAGUGGUAGUAGUUGUGCUCCCAAUAAUAAAGUGGAUGUUUACUCCGAUUGCUUGGAUUAUGAAAUUUUGUGGGAGGACUUGACAGUUGGAGAACAAAUUGGGCAAGGUUCUUGUGGAACUGUUUAUCAUGCUCUGUGGUAUGGAUCGGAUGUUGCUGUCAAGGUUUUCUCAAAGCAAGAAUAUUCAGAUGAUUUGCUACUGUCCUUCAGACAAGAGGUGUCUGUCAUGAAAAGACUUCGCCAUCCAAAUAUUAUUCUAUUUAUGGGGGCUGUGACUUCACCUCAACAUUUAUGCAUCGUGACAGAGUUUCUCCCCCGGGGAAGCUUAUUUCGUUUGCUUCAGAGAAACACAUCCAAACUAGAGCGGAGACGGAGAGUUCAUAUGGCCGUAGAUAUUGCACGAGGUGUAAAUUAUCUUCAUCAUUGCAACCCCCCCAUCAUCCAUCGAGAUUUGAAGUCUUCAAAUAUUCUAGUUGAUAAGAAUUGGACUGUGAAGGUUGGUGAUUUUGGGCUUUCCCGUCUUAAACAUGAAACAUAUCUCACUACUAAGACAGGGAAAGGAACGCCUCAAUGGAUGGCACCAGAAGUUCUUCGUAAUGAACUGUCUGAUGAGAAGUCUGAUGUAUACAGCUUUGGGGUGAUAUUGUGGGAACUCACAACUGAAAAGAUUCCUUGGGAUACUCUCAACCCAAUGCAGGUUAUUGGAGCUGUAGGGUUUAUGAACCAUCGACUAGAAAUUCCAGAAGAUGUUGAUCCACAGUGGGCUUCUAUAAUUGAGAGCUGCUGGCACAGUGAUCCAGCUUGCCGACCAACAUUCCAGGAACUGGUCGAAAGACUUAGAGAACUGCAGAGACAGUAUGCAAUUCAAUUACAGGCAGCUCGAUCUGCCGAGGAAGGCACUCAAAAGGAGUUCUCUAGCAAAUAGCCACAAUCUUUGAGCUUCUUUCUUCUUUAUCUCUACAAGCUGGUGCAUAAGGACCUUUUGUCAUAUAUAAUGCAGAACAUCCAUGAUGAGUAAACCUGUUGGUACAAAUACCUGGUUUUGGAGUCUGGCAGCGUUGUUGGUUCAUCAGUUUUUGUCCAGUUAUCAUCAUACAAGUAGGAAAAUGAUUACCAAACUAUUUUUAGUCAUUUGAUAUUUCCUUGAUGGCACCUUAGAAGUUCUUAAACUUGCUAGUAAUGCUUUAUAUGUUUGAAGUAUUGUGGAUAGGUUUGUAUUUAUAUGGAAAAUGUUUGUACCGCAUAUAGUUGUAUAGAAGGUCUGGGAGAAAGAACAAUACAAAUCAGUGUAGGAAGCAGCAGGGGAAUGAGAGAAAAUAGUGGAAAGAGAGAAUUUUAGAAACUAUUGUGCAUCAGAAUUUAUUGAUUAUUGUUGAAGCAGCACUCUCUACGUCUCAUGACGACUUUGUUUGACCAAUGGCCACAAUAAAUAUUAGAAUCCAAUAUCAAUUUAUUCAACAUGA